CUCCGCCAUAUCACGACCACCGACAUUCUUGGAACUCGGUAUCAAUCCAACACCAUGGCGUCCUCCCUCGCUUCGCAGCUGCAGCGCAUCGCUGCAGCAUCGACGAACACCCUUAAUACCCGCAAACUCAAGGCGAUCCACAGCACCUCGUUGAUCUUUGAGCCCGCCCAUGCCGCAACACAGGAUCUCGACACUAUCUACUCGAUUGCGCUCGAGGGCUUCAGGGAGCUGUGUGCGCUCGAUGCGAGAUUCUUUGUAUUUGAGAGGGGUCUGUUUAGCGAGAGCAGUAAGGAGGUCGAUCGGUUGCUCCUCACGAAGCCGGAGGUGCAGGACCUCAAUGCUAGUAUCGAGGCGUUUCUGGAGUUGGUCAGUGGACGGCUGCUGCUCAGGCCCGCGCUGAAGGCGGUGGAGUGGCUGGUUAGGCGGUUUAGAGUCCAAGAUCAGAACACUACAGCGCUGCUCCUGGCCUUCCUCCCCUACCAUGCGCACGCCACCCUCUUCCCCCAAGUUCUCUCGAUCAUCAAUCCCAAAGACCUCUCGGCAGAGCUGAAGUUCCUCCGACCGUACCUCAAGCCCCCGGCGGCCCUGCCACGGCAUGUAAUCACACAUACGCUGUCUCAUCGACGGGAAACGCUCGAUCUCCUAGUCGCACACGUCACCUCCGUCGUGCAAUCCCGGCGCGAAAGCCACCAGCUACUUGCAUUCUUUGCCGCGGUCGUGGUGGAGGCGGUUUCGCUCAUGUGUGAUGCUGCUCGGUCUCCCACUAGUUCUGGGAUCACCGAGGAGACGGUACUGCAGAAGGCGUUGCCACUGCUGGAGGAGACCUUCAAGGCAAAAAAGACGCCGGAGUUCCAGGUCGGUGGGUACAUGUUGGCUACGGUUGUUGUGUCGAAAAUUCCCAUGAAAGACGAGGUGCUGCUGGCGCUCAUGGGCGCGAUUGUCGGAGGCUGGAGUGCGGAGAGCGUGACGCCUGCUCUGGCAUGUCUCGCGUUGAUUGCGCAGGCCAGGACUGGACCGAGCGCCGGAAGGCUGCAGGAUGCGGUCACUGCGGGGUUGCUGGCGAUUGAGGAUAUCGUCCAGCGGCUUCAGGAGAUGGGGAAGAAGUACAGAGUCGACAACCUCGUCACCGGCCUCUGCAACGGGAUACUGGAGAAGAUCGGAAAGUCGUACGGUUCCAAGGAGUUGGAAUACGUUGUCGAACUCCUGGAGGAGGCGAAGCUCGGCCCCAAGGGAAGGAAGGCUGUUCUUUCGCGCUUCGUGGAUGUUGCGCAGAAACUUCAAGGAUUCGAGGAUCGCCCCGAGGACGAAGAUGAUGUGCGGGAUGCCCUGGCGACUUCGCUUGUUAAGUGGUCCGAGCAAGGAAACAAGAAGCUGGGGAAGACACUACAGCUCGUAUUCGAGGAAAACAAGGUCGACAUUGAAAUGCUUGAGCUUGCGCUCAGGACGGUUAUUGAACGCCCUGCUCUUCCCGCGCCAAAGUCGGAGAAACCAAAGGCCAUCAAGGCGGCACCGGCAAAGGAGGCAGUCACCCUUGAACAGCUGCUGGAGACAAUUCCUGAUGCUGGCUUGACAGUGUCUUUCCUCGAGCCGCGAAAGACGGAGAACAAGAAGUUGUUUGAACACCUCCAGCAGAUGUUCCUUCUCGCCAUCAGGAAGCCCGACGGUGUCCAGACCAUCUUUGCACACGAUAUAUUUACAAACAAGAAUAACACCGUUGCCUUUACCAUCUCGCUGCUCGCUAGGAUUUGGACGUUCACGGCGAACCCCGUAAUCGCCCGCGCUAUCGCUUUACAGCAUGCUGUUAAGAUCAUUAAGGCGAACGCGAAGGCAAAGGUUGAUUACCAGGCGCUUAUCCCGUUUGCUCUGGCCGCCCUUGCGGACCCGGCGGAACGUGUUCGUCGCGAAACGACUCAUCUGGUCACUGCGUUGUUGGAAAUCUACCAGCAGCUUGACGAGGCGGGUGCGGUAACCAAGAAGAAGAGGAAGUCGAAGGGAGGUGAUCUGAUGGUCUACUGGGGACUGGACACUGUCUACGGCGCCGGAUCAGAAACCGACAACGUCAAGGUACUGGAUGCAGCCGAUGCUCGUAAGUUCUUGGAGGUUGUUCUCGCCAAGGGUCUGCAAGAGUGUGUUCUGGACUCUGCAUACAUCACCAGUGUCAUCGAGAACGGGCUCGGAGCCACGAAGAAGGACCAGACAGAUGGAAAGCUGAAGUCUUCCGUUAAGACUAACGUCCUGUCGUUCCUUUGCAGCCACGCCGUCAAUGUCCCCAGCUUGUCGAUCCAGCUUCGAUUGCUCACUAUGCUCAACCGCGUUGCGAAUGGUCCCAGCUCGAGAACUGAGUUCCUCCUUCCCUCACUGCAGAAGUGGAUUGCCCGCCCUCUGGAGGAGAAUGUCAAAUAUUGCGAGGAGGAACGUGUGGAUAUUCGCGAGUUUGAGGAGCAGGUGGUCUCCGUGGUUGAGGCGCAGGACGGCACCAGUGAGCUGGUAUCGAUCCUGAGCACUGAUGUCGGCGGCGAAGGCCUGGUCUCAGCUGCUGCGAAGCGGAUUAUUACCGUGUGGGGCUCGCUUGAGGAGGGAGCGAAGGUGGCGACCGCCACCAAGCUUCUCAAACUCAACCUUAACGACUCGGAGCAGAAGUACUCUGGAAGUUCAGAAGCUCUGGACAUCUUGCGCGCCGUCAAGUUGCCGACCGAGGCGUUCCAGCAGUUCCUUGAGGAAGCCAGAAUAGACUUGAAGUCGACCUUGGGAUUGAACACUGCUGCCCAGCCAAAGAGGCGCAGAGUCUCUGCACCCGGUGUUGUUAAUGCGGAUAAGGAGGAGCAGAUCGCAGCCGCCGUCCGUCGGAUCACCAUCGUCGCAGAAAUCUUGGAUGGCCAGGAACCGAGGAAUCACGCGUCGGUCUUGGCUACUCUUUUCAGUGUACUCGGAGACCUCGGAAGUGUUGAGUUCUCCGGAAUCACAUACCUGCAGAGUAUCUUGCUCUCGUGCGCGAGAGAUAUCAUCAAGGGCUAUAAGGCUACUAACACGGACCUCAACUCCUCGAGUGUCCGUGCCGACGUCCUCGUCUCUUGCAUCCGCUCCACGACUUCACCUCAGGUGCAGAACAGCGCUCUCCUCCUACUCUCCGACCUUGCCGAUAUCUCCCCCGACACCGUCAAGCAUAGUGUGAUGCCAAUAUUCACCUUCAUGGGCGCCAACACUCUCCGCCAGGACGAUGAAUACUCAGCCCAUGUCAUCGAGCAAACCGUGCAACGUGUUAUUCCGCCGCUCGUCAAGUCGCUGCAAGAGCAGGGUGGAAGCCUUAUCACCGCAGGAGCAGAGCUGAUCUCGACGUUUGUCGCCAGCUACAAGCAUGUUCCGGUGCACCGAAGAUUGCGGCUGUUCCAGUCACUGACCGAGACUCUCGGCCCCACGGAAUUCUUGUUCGCCAUUGUUGCAAAAUUGGCGGGCAAAUAUGCUGUCGGUGAGGGCGAGGGCGAGGUCAAGGAAUUCGUCUCGAUGCUUUCUGGCGGAUUCACCGCUGAGGUCCAGAUGGGCAGUGUUGUCAAGUACCUCAGCACCAUCAAGGAUGUGUUGAAGCCCCAGCCUCAAGGUGGCGCGAGCAUUCUCUUCGCUUCCGAGGAAGAUGGCCGUGAUGUGCCAGCGCAGGAGAUGGCUAGGCGCCUUUUGGCGGUUCUCAAGGCCUUCCUGGGCUCAGAGCGCCUGAAGGCUAGAGUCGCAAAGAGUCUCAAGACCAGUCGCGAGGACGCUUCUAGCCUGCGUGGAUUCUUCUCGCAGGCGAUGGAGCAGACAAUGGCCCUUGGAGACGAAUACGCCUUCAACAAGGCCAUCGCUACCGAAGCCGCCGAGGUCAUGUCCCAGCUUCUCGAGCUUCUUUCGGUCAUCGAGUUCGUGAAGGUCAUCGAAAGUCUCAUCUCGCAGGUCGACUCGCCGUUCCGUAGCUCCGCCCUCACGACUUUCAAGAACCGUGUUGUUUCCGAGUACAGGACCGACGCGACUUCGAGGAAUGCCAUUCUCGACUUGGCUCCCAAGAUUGCCGCCAUCAUCACUGCCCAGGACUCACCGAAGGAACUUAAGGCCGAUGCACUGCUGUGUAUCCUUGCCGUUACACAGAAGUUCGGAAAGCAAGAGCAGACUGCUGUUUCUGCACUCACCGAGGCUGUGGCUAGCAUUGGCGCACUCAGAAGCCCCGAUAGCGGUCUCCGCGUGCUGGCGCUGGUGUGUUUGACCCAUAUGACUACUGUCCUCGGUGGCCGCAUCAUUCCUAUCCUGCCGAAGACCGUACCGAUUGCUAUCGAGUACCUUCAGGCUGCCGUUCGCAGCGAGGACUCGUCGGUCGAGGUCUCGAUGGUUCACAAUGCCGUUUUCAAGUACCUCGAGGAGCUUGUCAAGAACGUGCCCAGUUUCAUGACCAGCUAUCUCACCAAGGUACUGCCUCUUGCUGCUGCCGCAUGGGAUCAGGACGAUCUCGAUGAGGGCCUUCCUUACGACGUCAGACGUAACUUCCUCGUGGCUGUUGCGUCCAGAAUGGAAUUGAGGACUGUCAUCGGCGCCAUCACCAAGGCGUGGAAGCCAUCGUGUGCCCACGGCAGCGACCCGAUCAGGGAUCUGGUCGAAAUGGUGCAGAAGGGUAUACAGGUUGCGCCUAAGGCUAGUGUGCAGAAGUGUAGCCAGGUGCUCUUGCAGUUCUUUAUUACUGCACUCGAUGCCAGACGUGAGCCCGAGGUUGAGGAUGUCGCCCCGCUUGAGGAUCUCAUCAUGAAGGUGUGCUUGGACAUGGUCUACAAACUUAACGACUCUAUCUUCAAGCCCAUGUUCUUGCGUCUUGUGGAGUGGGGCACUGAGGAUUUGAGGUCGAGUGACGAUGAGGAGGGCAAGUGGACGCGCAUUGGCGUGAUAUGGAAGCUCAUGGAGGCGCUCAGCGGCAAUCUCAAGUCACUGGUCACCGACUACCACACGCCGCUCCUUCCUUCCGCCAUCUCCACACUCACAUCCCCGACACCGCACACCUUCGCCACGACCAGCGUUCUCCGCGCGCUGCACCAAGGCAUGCUGAACGAUUCGUCGGACUUCUGGCAAUCACCGACGCACUUUGACCCUCUGCUCCCGGCCCUGCUGGCGAUCCUCCCGACAUUCUCAGAGCUCGCCAUUCCCUGCCUCACCGAGCUCGCCGCGGCCGCACAGAGCGAGGAACACAGCAAGAGCAUCAACACCGGCGUCCUGGCACUGAUGCGCGACGAGAGCGAAGUCACCCGUCUCGCCGCCGUGCGCGCAAUGAUGGGAUUGUAUGCCCGUCUCGGUGAGGACUGGUUGGGGCUCCUGCCCGAGACGGUGCCGUUCAUUGCGGAGCUCAUGGAGGAUGACGAUGAGACCGUUGAGAGAGAGACGCAGAGACUCAUUAAGCGCAUUGAGGAGUAUCUGGGCGACGGUGAGUUGCAGGGUAUGUUGACGUAAAAAGUUGGAUGCGAGAGGGAAGGGAAGGGGAAAAGUUGGUUUUGAUAGGCGGCAUUUGAUUUGUUGGGUUUUUUGUAAUUAUACCUACCUACCUCGGGGGCGGAAUGAGGAUGUAUGUCCGAACGGUUACUACUUGGUUGCGAAGUACGGAGGC